UAGAAUAAAAUUUGGCCUGAUUUUUUUUUAAGUUUUUGUUUUAAGUGAAGAAGGCAACAACCAUUUCAGAAUAUGUUCUUGGGUCAGUCAUUGUUGACUUUUGAAGCACAUGGAUUAGCCCAAGAAAUAUUUAAAGCCUGUCACUCUUCUUCCUGCCUCCUCCCUUCUUCCAGCAGGCCAGGAAUGUUGAUCUCUGCGGUCCAUCACCUGUCAGGAUCCAUCCCCCACCCGUCACAGGCAUAUAUGGACAGGCCGGCCUGACGGCAUGUGAUGAGGGGCUGCUAAAAACAGCCUCAGCCCCCACUCUGCACCAGCCUGGCUCGAGACAAUGCCCUCUGGCCAAAGAAACCUAAAGAACACUUGAGCACCCUACCCUGGCGAUUCUUUCAAGGAAGCAGGCCCUUGGGUUUAGCUCUCUGUGCACCCCAGUCCCCCUCUCCUGGCACCACAUGCCCCAGGGCCAGCAGGGAGAUGAGUACAUCUCUGAAUUACAAGUCUCUUUCCAAGGAACAACAGACGAUGGACACCCUGGAGAAGCAGCUUAUCUGUCCCAUCUGUUUGGAAAUGUUCACAAAACCUGUGGUGAUUCUUCCGUGUCAGCACAACCUGUGUAGAAAGUGUGCCAGUGACAUUUUCCAGGCUUCAAAUCCAUACUUGCCAACUAGAGGAGGUACUACAGUGGCAUCAGGUGGUCGAUUCAGGUGCCCCUCCUGCAGACAUGAAGUGGUUCUGGAUAGACAUGGGGUGUAUGGACUUCAGAGAAACUUGCUGGUGGAAAACAUCAUCGACAUCUACAAGCAGGAGUCUACCAGGCCAGAAAGAAAGUCCGAGCAGCCCAUGUGCGAAGAGCAUGAGGAUGAACGGAUCAACAUUUACUGCCUGAACUGUGAAGUGCCCACCUGCUCCAUGUGCAAGGUCUUUGGCGCUCACAAAGACUGUCAGGUGGCUCCUCUCACACAUGUUUUCCAGAGGCAGAAGUCGGAGCUCAGUGACGGCAUUGCAGUCCUCGUGGGAAGUAACGACAGAGUCCAAGGAAUAAUCGGUCAGCUGGAAGAGACUUGCAGGACUGUAGAGGAAUGUUGCAGGAGACAGAAACAGGAGCUUUGUGAAAAGUUUGACUAUCUAUAUGGCAUCCUGGAGGAAAGAAAAAAUGAGAUGACACAAAUCAUUACAAGGAGCCAAGAGGAGAAAUUGGAGCAUGUCCGGGCACUGAUUAAAAAGUAUGCGGAUCAUCUGGAAACAGUAUCCAAGUUGGUUGAGUCAGGAAUUCAAUUCAUGGAUGAGCCAGAAAUGGCAGUCUUCUUACAGAAUGCCAAAACAUUGUUACAAAAAAUUUCUGAAGCAUCCAAAGCAUUUCAAAUGGAGAAAAUAGAACACGGCUAUGAAAACAUGGACCAUUUUACAGUCAACCUCAAUCGAGAAGAAAAGAUAAUAAGAGAAAUUGACUUUUACAAAGAAGAAGAGGAAGAGGAGGAAGUGGCCGAAGAAGCAUUGGAAGAUGUCUGUACAGAGUCAUCUGGGGAGGAAGAAAGUCCUGAGAAAGGAUCCCAGCUCCCUCCACUGGAUGCUGAACACCCCCAGUCUGCACCCGAGGCACUUCCUAUGGCAUCUAUAGAACUACCACCAGUCCCAGCAGCUGCUGCGGCCGAUCUUGUCACUCAGGGAGAGGUGGCGCCAAGUGGUGCUCAACAGACUCCACAGUCUGAAACUCAAGUGCCAUCAACAACAGCGGAAACCCUGGAUCCCUUGUUUUAUCCUAGUUGGUAUAAGGCCUCCAAACGGCAAGGCACCAACCCAACUUCCACCCAAGUGAGUGAAGGUUCGGGUCAAGUAGGGCCUUCAGUUUCUGCGGAUGCCACUGGGCAGAAGGCAGAAGAGGCAGAAACCGCGGCAGCAUCCAGUGAGGGGGCAUCAGUGAGUGGUAAGGAAACUAGCCCACCUGCAGCUACUUCUCAGAUUAUGUCUGACUCCUCUGCCCCCCAGGGACAAGUGGAAGGUGCUUCAGGGAGCAGAGAGGGAGCCGAGAAUGAGCCCACCCGCCACGUCUUCUCUUUUUCCUGGUUAAACUCCCUGAGUGAAUGAUGUUCAUUCCAGCUGCUACCUCUCUCUCUACUUGGCUAAGGGACAAGCAGAGGCAGCAGGUGACCUAGAUGAAAUGAAUAUGAAGUAGUGAAUGAAUGGGACCUCUGUAAGAGUUUUCUGCAAAAAGCUUUGAUUCCAUGUUAGUUACCUGACACAUAGAGUGGGGGAAGAGUGCUUUGGGGAACGAACUGCCUCAGCAAGGAGAAAAAUGAGAUGAUUUUGUUAUAAUGCUAUAUAAGGACACUUUAUAAAAAUGUGUGUGUGUUUGUGUAACAAAAAUCUUUAGCAGGAGAUGCUAAAAAACAGUAAAACCUGUUGUUUCUAACAGAUGUUGGUGUUUUGUUAUAAUCAUAAUAGGUAAAUAGACCUUUUUUCUUUUUGAUGAUGUCAUUGGUCAAUGAACAUGUAUUAUGUGUUUAAAUUUACAAGCUAUUGAUUUAGCAAUUUAUUGCCAAGCAGCAACUAUCAUUGACCAAAGCUAUGAAAUGCUUCAUUAAAAAAAAUCACCAACAAUCCUUCUCUCUUUUAGUGCUAUAUACUUGUUCCCUUAUACUCUCAGAAUGCCCAUUGAAUUGGGGGCAUUUUUCAUAGCCUAAAGGACUGGAGGGUUGAGAUAUAAAUCAGGGCUAGUAUACCUCUUUCAGCCUCAUUCUAAUCUCAGGUUUAGGCAUUCAGAUAAUCUAUUCCUUAGGCCAAGAAGACCUUUCCAAAGAAACUGUCUACUCUCUUACAUAACUACUUAGGCAUCAAGGUAGUAUAUUGCAUAAAUGCUGCAUGGAUUUAAAUAUACUUUUUAAGUCACAUUUUGUUUGACACACCAUGAUGACUCCUUUGGAGCACAGCUGUAAUUCUACUAUGUAUGGACUAUUAAAUAAAUGUUUUUAAACUAUAGAGCUUUAUCCCAUCAGUUUAUCUUAUGAAGUCUUUAAUCAAAUGUAUUUAUAAGGACAAGGAGAAGAUACUUCUUCAUAUAAACAAAUUAGCUCUGAACCACUAAUAAGUCAAUCUUUUUGGAGGUUACUAUAAUUCAAUUACCAAAGGUACCCAGGCAGAUUGAUUAAUCAAUUGUGAAACUGAAUUCUUUAGAGAUAUUCAUUUUAGGGAUGAAAAGAAAUAGUUUAUAUUCCUGUGACCUAGGAUGAUUAGACUUGGGUUACAGAUGAGAAUAGAGGAUAUUUGUGGAGUUUUAGAAGCUAAAGUCCUUACCUAAACUAUUUCUCUGAGAAAUAAUUUUGACAAGUGCCAAUUUAUAUAUUACUUUCUUUAAUAGUACUAGGAAUAGGUAUGGUUUUAGUUAACACAUAGGCCAAAAAAGUCUUGAAGAAGCAGGGAUGAAUAUACUUUUUUGUUUUGCUAAAUUAAACCAUGUUAUUUUACAGUGA